AUGUCUUUAAACAACAACAGCAGCAGUAGUAGUAGCAGCAGCAGCAAUUCGAAACCAUCAGCUGUCUCCAGUGUUGUGAACGAUCUCAUUCGAGCAGCCGUGGGUGGUGAUGCACGCAAUGUAGGCGAUGAGGACCUCGACAAGUACGUAGCCGACAUGAUCUUGAAGGAAGCCGAAGCCAAGAGCAAAAAGUACCAAAGCGUUGGUGUAAGUGCUUAUAUGCCAGACCAACCCAACAACUUGCCCAAACCCAACAAACGUUUCUUGCUCAACAUGGUACGAGCCACUGACAGCCAUAACCAAGCACUACGAGAGCAGCAGGAACGUGCAAAAGAAAAGGAACGAAGGGAGCGGUUACAGCAAAGGGAUGAUGAUGAUAACAAUCGACGAUCGCGUCAUGACAGUCGACGACGACAACGACAACGAUCACCUUAUGAUGACAAUGAAUAUCAAAGACGACGACGACGUAGUGUAUCACCUAGCCGUUCACCCAAUGCAUCAAAGCAUCACCGAUCAAGACGAUCCAUAUCACCAGAAACGCAUUCACAUAAACGACAUCCUCAUCAUGAUUCAUCAUCCUCGCAUGACACUAGUCGACAAGACCAACCCAAUACCAAAAUCAAGGAUCCUGCAUCAUCAUCAUCAUCAUCCAAACCAGCAGCAGCAGCAGCACCAGUGAUUGUACGAGGUCGUGGCCGAAGGACUGAAGGCACCAAGUCGAGCAUGGAUAAAUACUUUGCAAAAGAUUACAACCCUUUCAUGGAUAUCGAGCCUGAUCUCAACCAGAUGGUGUACACCGAGUAUCCAGAUGAUGACAGCACCGAUAAAUCAGCCAAAAAGAAGAAGAAGGAUAAGAAAAAGAAGAGCAGCAGUAGCAACAAAAAGAAAAAGAGCAGCAAGAAACGAAGACGAGAUACCACCACAGACGAGAGCGACGAUGGGAGCGAUUCAGAUGUGGAUCGGCGGAAAAAACGACAUCAUCGACAUCACCACAAGAAGAAAAAGAGCAAGGAUGAGGAUAGUAAUAGUGAUAGUGGUGAAGAUGUUUGGGUAGAGGAACCAAAACCAAUGAGAGCAUGGGAUGUUGGCAAGGAGGACCUGCAUUAA